CGGAUUAUGUUUUGUGACGGACAACAACACAGGCAAACUAGCCAGCUGAUGACGGCGAAGUACCCGAGUUGAAACCUGUCACGACGGCGUAAAAAAACAGUUUCGGGGUUUACAACGAAUGUCAUUUAGAUCCUAGUCCUUGAAAGUGUUCCAUAAGCGAAUAAAUGUCUGAGACAUCAGAGCCUCCAAACAACAAAGAAGAGGAGGAAACUACAUCUGAACCAGAGGAGCAAUCUGAAGACAGCAGUGAGGAGGAAGCGGCUGGGAACUCUGAGAUGGAUUUCUUGCGGAACUUGUUCUCCCACACUCUGGGCAUCGGAUCCCCAGAAAAGGUUUUGGAUGACUUGACUUUGGAAGGAGUCGCCAAAUACAUUCUGAGUGGCAAAUGUAAAAACAUCAUCUGCAUGGCUGGAGCAGGUAUAUCCACAUCGGCUGGGAUUCCCGAUUUUCGCUCACCUGAUACUGGGCUGUAUGCAAACCUGCAGAAAUAUAACCUGCCCUACCCGGAAGCCAUCUUCCAAAUAGAUUACUUCAAGAAACAUCCAGAACCUUUCUUUGCCUUGGCCAAGGAGCUUUAUCCAGGACAGUUUAAGCCGACCGUGUGUCACUACUUCAUGAAGCUGCUGAAGGACAAAGGCCUCCUCAGGCGCUGUUACACGCAGAAUAUUGACACCCUGGAGCGAGUGGCCGGGCUCGAGAGUGGGGAUCUAAUUGAAGCCCACGGAACCUUUUUCACAUCCCACUGCGUCAAAUUCACUUGCCGCAAAGAGUACAACUUGGACUGGAUGAAAGAAAGAAUCUUUUCUGAUGAUAUUCCCAAAUGUGAAAAAUGCAACAGUCUGGUCAAACCAGAUAUUGUCUUUUUUGGAGAGAGCCUUCCAGUCCGGUUCUUCACAUCAAUGAAGAUGGACUUCCCACGUUGUGAUCUUCUCAUCAUCAUGGGGACAUCUCUGCAGGUUCAGCCUUUUGCAAGUCUGAUUAGCAGGGUAUCAAAAAGCUGCCCAAGGUUGCUCAUCAACAUGGAAAAAGCAGGCCAGGCUGAUCCUGUAUUAGGUCUGCUGGGUUUUGGUGGAGGAAUGGACUUUAACUCAGACAAAGCUUACAGAGAUGUUGCUCAUAUCACUACAUGUGAUGAUGGCUGUAUGGCACUAGCUGACCUGCUGGGAUGGAAGGCGGAGUUGGAAGAAUUAGUGAAGCGAGAGCACGCCAGGAUCGACAGUCAGGACAAGGAGGAGAGCAAGUCAAGUGAGAGCAAAGGUGCAAGCUCUUCAUCCGUAAUCUGAAGCUUCCACUGCAGACCAACAUGCUCCCAGAAUUCCUCUCACAUCCCAUGCUUUUGUAAAUAUGUUUUUUUGCACUUCAAUUAAGAUAACAUGCUUCUGAUUCUCUCUGAAUGCUAAUGUGGUCUAUCACAUCACACAGCUCUAUCUGUCGUCUGUACGGGUUGUUUUGACUACAAUAAACUGUGAGAUUUUUCACCUGCUUUGAACAAUACACAGGAAGUUGACCUAGUUUAGACCAUGGAGGGUAAUAUAUUUAUUACAAGAGUGGCAAGCUGGGAAAAUGUUCGCCCAAUCAUUUAAUGUUUGUUUGUUUCUUCAUCAAUUUAUGUAACCAUCUAACAAGUUGGGAUGGUUCCCACACAGUUAUAGUAUAUCACAGACUAACAGCGUCUUGUAAGUAAACAUGGUGGAUGGUUAAUAUACGUGUGCAAUAUUAGGAAGAAGUGAAAUUUUCAAAUGUCCGUUUCUAAUUAAAGGUAUUCAUUAUUUUAAUUUAUAUUCAUUUGCCAUAUUGAACAGCGUAGUGUUGCAUGAAAUAAUAACAUAGUUAGGAGUGACACAGGAGCAGUAACAUCUGAUGAGUUUACACAAUCUUAACUUGCGUAUAAAAAGUCAUGAAAACAAAAUGACUGGCAAUAAAUUUUAUCUUUGUAAAACUCU